UACAUAUGUAUUACCACACGUUCAAGUGCCAAGAAUAUAUUUUAGCUGCGGGUGCCCAUGGACUACUGGGUUUUGCGUCGAUAUCCCCUUCAAUGCAGUUAGAAGGUCAAUACUUUCUUAAUUCCGUCAACAACCACAACUCCAGCAUCAACUACAGGCAAUACAAAAUCUUUUACGCCAACUGCACUUUCAACACAAAUCAGCUCGUAGUUCGAAUGCUCUUAUUGACGAAAUAGAUGAGUCAUUUAAUUGUGUUCAAAAAAAGGUCCGAUUAAUUGCAGUAUCCACUCAAACAAAAUAUUUGGGAAAUCAGACCUGUAGCAACCACGAACCAGUUUCUUCCUUGUCUGCUGUAACCGCAAAAGAUUCUGACAGGGUCUCUAUGGCUACUACGGCAGCGUCAGGGCAUACGAUGUAUACAGUACACCGUGUGGUUACGACAGCGCAAAUCCAAACAGCAAUUGGCAACACAUACACAUCUUCUUCUAGCGUUUCUAGCGUUGUCAGCGCGCUUCGCAAUGAAGAGGAAAAUAUAACAUCACCGAUGGCAGCAAGUUUACCUACCGUGAAUGGAAAUUGUGCUUUAAAUUUAAAUAGCUGUCCCGCAGCUCCAGGAAGGCGCUUAACUAAUAUGGAAGAUAAUUCCAUCGCAAAUAAUAUUUUACAAUCUGGUACAGCUGCCAAGGAUUCCAGGCAAUCCCCUGUCAUUGGCACAGGCAUUCAUUUUUUGUCGCAAAAUACUCAAAAGAUCAGCUGUGUUUCGGAAAAUAAUCAUUCCACGUCAAGACUGCAAAAUGUUACUUGCGGAACUUCGAAUGGAUUCAAACCAAGUACAGUGAUACCAAGGCCAUUGCAAAAUUAAAUCGGCAAAAUAUCUUUGGAGUUGUGCGUAUACAACAGCAUCUACCCUCGUAGCAGUAGCAGUUUCCUGCAUAGUGUCUACAGCAAUUCGCAAGCGACUUUGCCACACGUCGAACAUCUGCCUUAAUUCGUGCUUACUUGUCAUCGUGAAUUGCCUGCAAGAUGACACGCGAUCCUCCUUGCCGAGUCACUUGCUCCAAUACGGAAAGCGACUCCAA